AAGUGCUCUAAACGCUGACGUUUCCUUUGGCCGGCAAUUGUCAAUUUUCGUUCGUGCUUCGCGUAUUUUUUCUUAAUUAGAAACCACAUAAAAAUGACUUUGGAAAUCGAAUCGAUGGUGCGCUAUGCUUCGCCAAUCAACCCGGCGAUUUUCCCGCACCUAACGAUGCUUCUGCUGGGCAUCGGCAUCUUCUUCACAGCGUGGUUCUUCGUGUACGAAGUCACAAGCUCUAAAGGCAACCGGGACUUGUUUAAGGAACUUCUCUUGUCCCUCGUCGCAGCUCUGUUCUCUGGCUUCGGAAUCCUAUUCUUGCUGUUGUGGGUCGGGAUAUAUGUGUAACAUUCGCCAAGUUUUAGUUAAUAAGUUAUGAUUAUGCACCAUUCCUGGAAGAUUGCGAGAGACUGGACAGUCUCUGAUGAGAAAUGUUUUAUAUUUUAAGAAGUAAAGUUUAUGCCAUCUA